AUGCCUUCCGUCAGGAACAUGGCCUACGGCCUGCUCGCUGCUGCGGCAGUUGCCUCCGCUUCAGAUGUUACCCAGCUGAAGAAGGACACAUUUGAGGAGUUCGUCAAGGGCAACGACAUUGUCCUCGCAGAAUUCUUUGCCCCAUGGUGCGGCCACUGCAAGGCCCUCGCCCCAGAAUACGAGGAGGCCGCCACGACCCUGAAGGAGAAGGACAUUAAGCUCAUCAAAGUUGACUGCACAGAGGAGUCUGAGCUGUGCCAACAAUACGGCGUUGAGGGAUACCCCACCCUGAAGGUCUUCCGUGGCCUUGAAAACAUCACCCCCUACAAGGGCCAGCGCAAGGCGACUGCCAUCACAUCCUACAUGAUCAAGCAGAGCCUUCCUGCAGUCUCUGUCCUUACCGCCGAUACCCUCGAGGACUUCAAGAAGGCCGACAAGGUCGUCCUCGUUGCCUACUUCGAUGCUUCUGACAAGGCCUCCAACGAGACCUUCACCAAGGUCGCCGAGAAGCUCCGCGACAACUACCCAUUCGGCGCAAGCAGUGAUGCUGCGCUCGCUGAGGCUGAGGGCGUCACCGCCCCCGCUGUUGUUCUGUACAAGGACUUUGACGAGGGCAAGACUGUCUUCUCUGAGAAGUUCGACGUUGAGGCGAUUGAGGGUUUUGCCAAGACCGCUGCCACCCCCUUGAUUGGCGAGGUUGGCCCCGAGACCUACUCCGACUACAUGUCCUCUGGCAAGCCCCUGGCUUACAUCUUCGCCGAGACCCCUGAGGAGCGCAAGGAGCUCAGCGAAGAGCUGAAGUCCAUUGCCGAGGCUCAGCGCGGUGUUGUCAACUUCGCCAGCAUCGAUGCCAAGCAGUUUGGCGCUCACGCCGGUAACCUGAACCUCAAGGCCGACAAGUUCCCUGCUUUCGCCAUCCAGGACACCGUCAAGAACCAGAAGUUCCCUUACGACCAGGAGAAGAAGCUUGUCGCCAAGGAUAUCAAGAAGUUUGUUGAGGACUUCGUCGCCGGCAAGAUUGAGCCCAGCAUCAAGUCCGAGCCUAUCCCUGAGACCCAGGAGGGCCCCGUGACCAUCGUCGUGGCCAAGAACUACGAUGAGAUCGUCAAGGAUGACACCAAGGACGUCUUGAUCGAGUUCUACGCUCCCUGGUGCGGUCACUGCAAGGCUCUUGCUCCCAAGUACGACGAGCUGGCUACACUUUACGGCAAGUCAGAGUUCAAGGACAAGGUCGUCAUUGCCAAGGUUGAUGCCACUGCCAACGAUGUUCCCGACGAGAUCCAGGGCUUCCCUACCAUCAAGCUCUACGCGGCUGGUGGCAAGGACUCUCCUGCUACCUACAGCGGCUCUCGUACCAUUGAGGACCUGAUCGACUUCAUUGCCGAGAACGGCAAGUACAAGGCCAAGGUUUCCGUCGCGGAUGAGGAGGAGACGCCUGUCGCUCCUGCGGCUACUGAGAAGACCGAGGAGGCGAAGGAGAAGGAGACAGAGCACGACGAGCUGUAG